AGAGAAAAAAGAAAGCAAAAUCACACACACACACACACACACACCCCAAACCUAGAAAAGAAAAGCCAUGAGAAACCGUAAAGGGAAAAACUCUCCCAAGAACGAGGAGAUUGACAGUCAAGGGGUUCCUGAGGCUCCUUCGGUUGUUAGCGUGGCUCUGCUGUGGGUUUGCCUGGUGCUGCUCACUGUCAGCUGCGCUCUGGGCGGCUGGUACCUGGACCAGAAGCUGAGGGCGAUCGGGAACCUGGACCAGACCAUCCACCUCCUCCGGGAGAAGAUGUCACGUCUCGAAAAGAUCCAAGCUCAGGUGAACGAGCUGAACGAGAAGUUGAUAAUCACUCACAAGUACGAGGAAAGGAUUCUGAACCUGGAGACCUCUCAGAGUCAGAUUCAGAAGAGAGUGGAGGCGGAGGCUGCUGAAAUCACACGUAUGCAGUCGUCUGAUGUGGCCAGCAAGUUGUCUGCCCUCCAGGCAGAGACGAGGCAGAGCCUGGUCGAACUGAGCGAGCUCUCGCCCACGAGGAGCGACUUGCAGGUGCUGAAGAAUUCGCUCAAUCUCUUCAGGACGACCAACUUCGCCAAGCUUCAGCAAGAGGUCACGGGAAUCAAGUCUGACGACGCUCGGCGAGAGGAGGGCUUGACCACGCUCUCGGCCUCUCUGUCCAGCCUCGCUAGCCGGCUUGCCAGCCUGGAAGAGGACGGCCGAUCGCUUCAGGCUCUUCGGCAAAACACGCAGGAGGUCGGGGCGCUCAAGGAGACGGUCGGGAAAAGCACCGAGUCGCUGACUGCGCUGAACAACCAGCUGACGCACGCAGCCCGGUUGACCGAAGCUCUCCAGUCGCAAGGGGUGCAGCACGGCAAGGAGAUCCUGGGGCUCAAGGAGGCUGUGUCAGCCCAGCAAGCAGAGCAACUCUCCAACAAACAGGAGCUGGCAAACAUCAGAGAAGUAGCUCAGGAGCUACGCACGGGGAAGUCGGCUGUGGAAGAACAGGUGAAUACAGUGAGCCACAGUGUGGCUGACAACACCAGAGAGCUGCAGAGCGCAAAGAGACACAUGGAGGAACUGAGCGCUCUUCUGCAGAGUCAGAUUGCAAAGGUUGAAACUGAUGGCAUUGAUAGGAAUAAGCAGUUCUCGGCUGUCAUCGAUCAAGCAUUUCAGACCCUGAGCCAAAGUGUGGGAAAGAUUGAAGUGGGUCUGAAGAAUACAGUGGAGCAGUGUCUUUCGGGAGAAGUGAGGAGCUUCUGUGAAACUCCGGACAACUGCUCAUGGCCCCACAUUCGGGAAGUGAACUUUCCUCAUCGAAUACUGAAGGACCCAGUGAUUCUCCUCAGCCUGACCGAAGUGGGCUCUGACAGUUCGAUUGGAGUCACCGUAAAAGCCAUUGACGUCACGGACUCUGGUUUCAACAUCCAAAUUGAUAACGUGGGUGAUUUCAACCUCUCCACUGUGAGGGUGAACUGGAUAGCCUGUGCAUAGGAACGCUAGGGAUGUGCUGGGCCAGGAAAGACCCCUGUAGUCUAUCUGGCUCAUCCCGAAAUAAGGUACGCUGACUGAAAUGGUUUGAAAUAUCCCCAGGGAUUCAACUCAUUUAAGUCAUCGCCUCCUCAAGGGGAGGAAAAAAACAAUCUGAAAACACCAUUAAUUUAAUCCCAUUGGAAAUAUCAAGGUUCAUCUUUUUGAAUCCAACAAAGUACUCAACAUUAGGACCAUAACUCUGAGGCUAACUGUAGUCUAUGCCAAUGGCACGCAAAUGUGCUGGGCCAAACAUAAUUACUGUCUACAGUGUUAAUAUGUCUUAUCAGAUAAAUGUUGUAAGUUCAAUGGCAAACGCUAAAUAGUAGAUCACAAAGUGCAUUGAAGUAUGCGUUUUCAAUGAGUAGAUGCCAAAAAUGCUUGGACCAAAUUAUCAGUAAGUUCUUGAAGUGAAUUGUUUACAAGCUGAUAGAUCGUCUCUAUGCGCUAGGUCAAGGUAGAGACUACGGAGUGAGGUUUCUCACCAGUGUUGGGGCUGGUUUGUGCUGAGUGAUCUUGAUCCCAACGCACAUUUUUUGUACUUUUUUUUUCCUUGUUGAAGAGAAUCAACAAGAACAUGGAAUUGUGCAGCAAAAGACCGUGACAAAGCACAUCAGUAAAUCAACAUCAACGCACCACAAGGGAAGACUAUAGUUUCCUGAGUGUUUUGCGUAAUGUAGACACCAUCACAAGAAACUAUGCAAACAACUUUAAUAUAAGCAUUUCGGUGUCAUGAUUAGUGAGACUAAGUUCGACAGGCUGGAGGACAGGAAGUUGUAAAGGCAGUAGAUGAGAAUAAAUAAAUACUUAUUGCAAACAACUCAGAUAAACGGCCAAUAAGUUAAACUGGUCACUCACUUCAUGACAUCGCUAUGCACGAAUGGGAUGUCUACAAUCACCCAGUCACUCCGUUUCACAGUAAGAGCCUUCCCGAUGUGAAAGGCGCUAUACCAAAUGCAAGAAUUAUUGGAUUAUUAUUAUUAAUAUUACAGAGUUGUAUUCUUUGGCAGCUGGUAUUCUUUGCUAGGUUUAGGUAAUAAUGAAUCUUUAAAUUAGGUCAAACCUUUUGUAGAAAAUUAGUUCACACAUUUAAAGUUCCAUCGUUUAUUCACAUUAAACACGUUGUUGUAGCUUAUGUGCAUCUACUCCGUAGACAAUCUGCAUUGCAUUCAUUCCAAAUUUAUCACCUGAAAUUGCACCAAUUCUAUAAGAUCAUUUUUGUCUUAAUAUUGAAAAUCGGAUAGAAUUGUAGAAAAUGUUUUAAAUUCAGUUUUAAUUUGGGUAUUUGC